UUAUUUUUGGGUGACAAUUGAUGGAGAUAUGAAGGGGACAUAUAGAAGGCCACCCAUAUCUACAUUUCCCAUAUUGUUCCUCUCUCAACCCAUACAUUUGCAUGUUCUGUCCGAAAAUCUACAUUAAAUGCUCCCUUUCUUCCAUUUGGUACAAAUACUAGCUACUACCACCAUUAUUGUUAUUAACUAUAUCCAUCGACAUCCCGAAAUCAAUCUUGAGUAGAACAUUUAUCGAGUUUUGUUGCGCUGGAUCGCAUUGGUUCAACAAUAACUGAUGCAAAUGUCGAUCGUCGUAUCGUGUCUGGUUCUGGUGCUUCUAUGUUUUUCAUUGACUGCAUGUAAUGGUCGGAGCCUUGGAGUGGUUAAGGAUGAGAAGGCAACUGCAGCAAAAGAAUUUCAGCUCUCAGUUACCAAGAAAAACGAUAAGGUGGAAUCAGCUAGGGUUUCCAUACAGCCUGGUGAGGUGAAAUCUUCAUUACCAGAUGCAUCCAAGAAUGCAAUGAGAUUUGAGGAAAUUAAGACCACCAGUGAAUCAAAUGAGCCCGGAAAGCGGAUUCAGGCAAAAGGCGAAGGUACCACACAGAAUGAUUCUUCUCUAGCUACUGAUCAUGUUUCUUGGAGGGUGCCUCACAAGAAGAGAGGAGAGCAAGAACCAGGGUUUAACUUGGACUAUUUGCCGCCAAAAACGCAUCCUCCCGUCCACAACUGAUCGAUCCUGCUGACAUUCUUCAUCGAUUCCUUGAUCAUCAUCAUAUGGUCCUUAGUUUCUGCAUCUGAUCAGGGUAACUAAUUUUAUGUGUUAGUUUUCCACGACACUGUUUAAAAUUUAGAAAGGGCCAGUACUUUUAUGUAUUGACAGAGAUGAUCGAUGAUCGAUCAAGAAGUUGGAGAUGCCCUAUCCUAGGUAGAAUGAUCAACUCAAGAGCAUGCUUAUGAUCUUGAUCAGUUACAUGGAAUGGCGCUGAGUUAAAAUGUAAGAUGUCUCUCUAAGACAAUUUUCACAAAUAUAUAAUAUAUAGUAAAACAAUACUAGA